AGAUCGUUCGGUAAAACUCGGGGUGACUUGCAUACCUUUUAUUGUAUGUUCUUCCUGGUUAUCUAAUCUCGUCAAGGUGAGAGUGAGGAGUGACUGAGAUAAUUGUCACUGUAUUAAGGGCCGAGAAAUGGGUUUAAGUUCCUCACAUGACUCGGUGUCUGCAUCCAGCAACGCCUCUGACAAGGGUGCCGGGAAGGUGACAGCCGAGGAAUGGAGGAAGCGACUCACCCCAAACCAGUAUCACAUCACCCGGGAGGCAGGAACAGAGCCGGCCUUUACCGGGGAGUUUUAUGACCACCACGAGGCAGGGACGUACCAGUGUGUGUGCUGCGGCUCAGAUCUCUUCAGCUCUGAGGCUAAAUAUGACUCGGGGAGCGGGUGGCCAUCUUUCCACACGGCCGAGGGUGAAGUGGUGACCCGCACUGACCGCGCCUUCCUGAUGGUUCGAACGGAAGUGCUGUGUAGUAAGUGCGACGCUCACCUGGGACAUCGGUUUCCUGACGGGCCGCAGCCGACGGGACUUCGCUACUGCAUCAACUCCGCGGCCUUGAAGUUCACACCGAAGAAGACGUGACGUGAGAGAGAGAGAGAGAGAGAGAGUAGCUGUAAGUACAUUAUGUGAAUAUAGAGAAAUGCAUAAGUAGUUCAAUAGAUUAUAAUGAUGGGUAGAUAGGUAUAUAAUGAAGAAUGUGAAGAUUUA